UGGUGAGCUGCAGAGAGAGAGGAGCUGAAGGCUACAGUUAGUUUCAUUUUCUCCCAACUGAGACACACAACAUAUUCCUGGGUUGACACUGGAAACUGUCCUUGAUUUCCACUUACAGACAACUUCCUCUCUGUCUCUCCAGCUGCUGGUCAUGGACUUCGUAGACCCCAUCCUGUCCGCCGCCUCACAGAUCUACACCCUAGUUGAGAAUGUGAAGGCCAAUAAGAAGCGCUGCCGACGUGUUCGUUCCCGAGUUGAAGCCCUGGAGGACCUGGUGAGGUCCAUCAAAAAGAGGGACCGGGGCCAAACCUCUGCCGAAGUAAAAAAAGCUCUGAAGGAACUUUCCAUCACUCUGGGAUCAGCACAGGAGCUCAUCAAGAAAUACACUGUGGCCAACUGGGUGGCGCGCAUCCUGAAGUCCGGCAGCCACGGAGACGAGUUCAACAGUGUUAACGAACGCCUGAAUGAUGCCUUCCAGGUCCUGUCUGGAGCUCUGCAGGUGGAGCAGGGGAACAUGCUGUACAAGGUGUUUGAACAGACCUCCAGAGAGAAGGAAGACGAGGAGGCCGGGAAGGAGGACGACAUAGAGCUGAAGACAUUGCUCCAGGACUACAUGAAGGACCAGACGGAGAAAAUAGAAGCCAUGAUGAAAGAAUUCGAAUGCCUUAAAGUCAACGUGGAAAAGGUCGUGGAACUCUUGAAUAAGCCCAAAGUCACUAAUGAAGUCAUUCGAAUGAUCAAACCAGACGAGCUGAAGUACGAACAUCCCAAAGAGCCCUUCAUGAAGACAUCGACCUCAGAGGUCUACAGAGGAGAGUACCAUGGCUUCACAGUGGCCAUCAAGAGAUACACCGACACUUUGAACACCAGCGCAAGGGAAGUGCGGUCUGUUUUCAAUAAGGAAGUUGAAACCAUGAAGCGUUUUGAGUCGCCCAACAUCCUGCGAAUGUUUGGAAUCUGCGUCCAGGAUGAGGACGGACCCAAGCCUCAGUUCCUCAUCAUUAUGGAGUACUGUGAGAAGGGAAGUCUCCGUCAGGUUCUGGACUCAGAAAACUGCAAGCUGUCCAGGACCAGGAAAGCUCGAAUGUGUCUGGACGCAGCACAAGGACUCUACAGACUGCACCAGACCGAAGAAAAAUAUAAGGUCCACGGAUGCAUCAACAGCAGCAAGUUCCUGGUGGCCGAAGGCUACAGAGUCAAGCUGGGAGGUUUUGAGCUGGCAAAGACCGAGACGUCGCUGAAAAAGACUUCAAAGGACAAACCGAGCAGGUCCCUGUGCUACUCGUCUCCUCAGAGGCUCAACGACAUCAACCACGCCUACAGCAAAGAGUGUGAGAUUUACAGCCUCGGAAUCGUCCUGUGGGAAAUUACAACCCGUAAGAAACCUUUUGAAGGUUUUUCAAAUACAGAAAUCUAUCAGAAAGUCUGCAAAGACCAAUUUCAGGAGCCAAUCCCUGAAGACUGUGACUGUCCUGAACAACUGGGACUUCUGAUCAACGCCUGUCGGGCCUAUGACAUCUUCAAGAGACCGUCUGCUGGAGUGCUGGUGGAUGAACUGCGCAGAGUGGUGGCACAGUUAGAGGAGUGAUAAACCUCUUCAUCGCUCUGCCGCUCCGUCUGCUGGGCAUCUUUAGGAAAUACAAUUAUAAAGCCAUAAAACUGUCCUGUAACUUGCUGAAAACGUCUUUAUAACCCACACAAAGUUUACAAGGCACUAAACUAAAUAUCACUAAGCAUUGGAUUUCUGUAACUCAUACGGUUCAAACCAGGGACCUGUUUCCAAUAAUAAAACUUCUUCUGCAUGUUUUUAACAGCAUUGUGACUUUAAAGGUUUUUUAAAUGAGCUGGUGACUGCGUUGUUUUAGAGCUGGCAGUAAUCUCAGGAACCCACAGAUGUUGAUACUGUGAUUGUGCACAGCACUUCUCAACCACAGAACGACCUCACUACCCUGGAUAUCAUCUGUUCAGUCAUGAGCGGCAUUAACUAUCACACAUGCAAGGCUUCCUACUAAAACUGGUUCUUGUAACUCCAUCUCAUCAAACAAAGAAGGGCCUCCACCCAGUAGUACAACUCAGAGUUAGUGCAAAAAUACCACCAUGCUUCAUGUAAAAGUCAAGUUUGUUUUAUAUUUAAGUCUUUAUGUUUACAAUGACCCCAAACUGUCUCUGUGAAUUAAAAAAUAAAAACAAUGAACAAA